CGAGGCUCUGAUGGCUCAGCCUGUUCACAGGAGGAGCUCUGCUGACACGUCAGAAAAGACAGAGGCACUUGUACACACAUAGCAGGCGAACCGAGGAAAAGGAAGAGUGCAAGCCUCUCACACCGCCGCCUGCAUGUUUGCAAGAUGGACAGAAAAGCACCUUAAAUGCUGGCGUUUAUUACUUCUCAAACAUAUAUGUAUUUAAUAAGUCAAUAAGCCUCAAGACUUUUGUUAACAAUGGAGCAGAAGAUAAAUUGUCCUAGUGUACGCAUCCCCAGCUACGAUGAACAUCGAGAAAAGAAAAAAAGAUUCACGGUUUAUAAAGUUUUGGUUUCUGUUGGAAGAAAUGAGUGGUUUGUCUUUAGAAGGUAUGCAGAGUUUGAUAAACUGUAUAACACGCUAAGAAAACAAUUUCCAGCUAUAAACCUAAAGAUACCUGCUAAGAGGAUCUUUGGAGAUAAUUUUGAUCCAGAUUUUAUCCAGCAGAGAAGAGCAGGGCUCAAUGAAUUUAUCCAGAGUUUACUCCGAUAUGCAGAACUAUGCAGCCACCCUGAUGUCCAAGCCUUUUUAAAAUUGGACUGUGCCAGACAUCAGUCAGAUCCAUCAGAAGAUGAGGAUGAAAGGGCAGAUCAGAAGAAUGGCUCACCCGUACAAAAUGUCAACCUGGGACCAUCUGGAAAUCCUCAUGCCAAACCUUCAGACUUUGAAUACCUCAGACUGAUUGGCAAAGGAAGCUUUGGCAAGGUCAUCCUGACUAGAGGGAAACAUGACGGCAGCUAUUAUGCAGUGAAGAUUUUACAAAAGAAAGUUAUUCUCAACAAGAAAGAGCAAAAGCACAUUAUGGCUGAGCGAAAUGUGCUGCUGAAAAAUGUAAAGCAUCCAUUUUUGGUGCAUCUCCAUUACUCAUUCCAAACCUCAGAUAAACUCUUCUUUGUUCUGGAUUUCAUCAAUGGUGGAGAGCUGUUUUUUCAUCUACAAAGAGAGCGAUACUUUGCUGAGCCCCGGGCACUUUUUUAUGCUGCAGAAAUCAGUAGUGCUUUAGGAUACUUGCAUUCAAUUGAAAUCAUAUAUAGGGACCUAAAACCAGAAAAUAUCCUCUUAGACUCAAAGGGCCAUAUUGUGUUAACGGAUUUUGGACUUUGCAAAGAAGGGAUUUCAAAUUCAGACAAAACGCUAACUUUUUGUGGUACACCAGAGUAUCUAGCACCAGAAGUGAUAAAGAAGCAGCCAUAUGACAACACAGUAGAUUGGUGGUGUCUUGGAUCUGUGCUUUAUGAAAUGCUGCACGGCCUGCCUCCAUUUUACAAUCGUGACACUUCAACCAUGUAUGAAAACAUUCUACACAAACCUCUGGUCAUGCGGCCUGACAUAAGUAUAACAGCAUCCUCAAUCUUGGAAGAGCUACUUGAAAAGGAUCCAAAGCAGAGACUUGGAUCAAAUGACGAUUUUCAAGAAAUUAAGAACCAUCCUUUUUUCACAUCCAUAAACUGGACUGAUCUAAUGGAAAAGAAGAUCUCUCCACCAUAUGAUCCUCAUGUGGAUGGCCCAGAUGAUAUUUCAAAUUUUGACACAGAAUUCACAGAUGCUAUGGUUCCAGAUUCUGUCUGUAUAUCUACAGACUACUCUAUUGUUAAUGCUAGUGUUGAAGAAGCAGAUGAUGCUUUUGUUGGCUUUUCCUAUGCUCCACCUUCUGAUGACUUUUACUUUUAGAAACAUAUUUUGUCUAGCUCUACAUGAAUUAUAUCCUUACGGGUUAGACAGUAUAUGCAUAUUUUAUAUUUUGAGACAUGUUAGAAGAUAGCAUCGCAAAGAGUCCCCUCCGAAUAAUAGAAUGAAGGGACUACUGCACUCUACCAAGUCCUCUGCCCCUUAAAGUGAAUGUCCUCCCUUGAACCUAAAUUGGUUCAAAAUUCUGCACCGAAUAAUUUAAAGUUGGAUUCCCAUCUGGGAUAUUUAAGGCAUAUAGAUAGAAUAUGCUAUAAAGAUCUAAUAGGUGGCAGUAUCACCUGUAGGACCCACUAAUAUCUGCAGAACUGGGCUUAAAAGUGAACGAAGAGCGAGCCACACAUGCGCAGCCAGCUCCCUUUUACUGCUGUAGAACUUACAAAAAUAGCUGAGCGCAUGAACGGCUUGCUGUCCAUGCACUGCUAUAGGACUUCUGAAAAUAGCCAUGUGUGCUCACUACACUAUUUUCGGAAGUCCCAUAUCAGACCUAUCGAUGUGCCAUAAAUCUCCCAGAUGGGACAGCCCAUUUAAUAUAUCUUUGAUCUAUCACCUGCAUAGACAUAGAUAUAAAGGCUAUGGACACCUUUUGAGACAUUUUUUCAUUAUUGAUUUACAUGUAUUUUGGACUAGAAAAGUUUCUAGAAUAGAUUUUUAGAAAAACUUUGCAAUGUUUGGCCUUUGCAUCUACUACGCUUCACAGAACAUGCAGAAAGAUGUUCUGUGAAAAGUCCAUUAGAUUGGCUGGCUGUUGGCUUAUUCUCGAACCUCCUUUUCUGGCCUCUCUUGAACAAUCUUCUGAGCUGAUUUAUGACCAAAUCAAGACUGAACUUUGAUAUGGGCAUGAAUCUGCUUAAAAAAUUAUCCAUUAGAGGGUCAGAGGGGAGCUGGAGUUUAAGCCUAAGGAUGGAUUUAUCAAAGAACGGCAUUCUUCUAUUCUGUAUAUUAAGAAAUUCCUCAACAUAAGAAUGUUGGACCUAAAAAUGGCAUGGUGCUAAAAGCUAGAGAUGGACAUCAAGCUCUGAAAUUUCAGUUUCCCAGUUAUGAGACAACAGCCAACUUGAAAUCAUUACAUUCCCACUGAUUUCAUUGGGAGUACUGUCUGCAUAUAUGGACAUAUGGGAAUCUCUGAGUUAACCCUCAUUGCUCAAGUAAAGAGGGUACACCCUGCGGGUGCCAUUUUCUAAAAUGUCUCAAUGAAGUAAAGAUGAAUAUAUUCUUUAAACCUGUUGACUUUAUGAAAAAGUAGCAAUAUAUUUGGCUGACCCAACAUCCAAAAAAAUCCAUCCUAAUAUUCAGGAAUAGCCACAGUUUAGCCUUAAAAUGACCCGUGUAAGAAAACGAUGAUGCUAUGAUGGAUUCCUUUGCUACAGGAGUUGCCACUGUUGGGAGGUAAUCACCAGCGUCAGUAUAUAUUGUCCGUUUGAUGUUCAAAGAUGUGUCUUUUUACAGAUUAUUGAACAUAACCUUUUAAAAUCUUCAUACUGAAAACAGAUUUGCCUUUCACCUGUUGUUUUUUGAACACAUCAGUGAAGGGUAUGUUGCCGAAAUUGGACAUUGCUGUAUAAAUGAUAUUUUCCUGGCAUCAAGCAGUGCUAUCAAAUAGAUUUACUCCAGUACUUUCCAUGUAUUUGCUGAAAAGCUUCUUAAUGUUCUUUAAAUAGAAAUUAUUAUGGCUGCUGUGCAAGCCUCUUUUCCUCCUUUAUUAGACUAUUGGUCAACUGUGGCAUACACAAUGGUUGUAAAGUGUACAUUUCCUCUUCAUCUUUUGUAUGUAUGCGUUUGUUAUUGUAAUGUCCUGGUAUCUUCACACCAUACUUCAUUAUAAAGUGUAUACACAGCUUGUUGUCUUACUUUUUAAGACAUUGUUCAGAAAACCUACUUCUUAGUGGACCCUAAACAGAGCGAAAGCUUAAAGGGGUUGUUCACCCCUGGGGUCCUCACAGAGGAAGACGCCCCCCAGUGUGGCAGGUCCUCCAUGCCUACUUGAUUCCGUGGUGGUUCUGGCUGCUUUGUUCCCACCAGACCUCUGCAGCUCUCAGGUCUUCCCGUGUCAACAUCCGGUUGACCAGCCACCCUUAUGUCAUGAAAUGGCCACAUGACACAAGGGGAUCCGGUCACCGCUGCUACGGCCAGUGAUUGGCAGUGGCAAUGUCAAACCGGGUGUUUACAGCGAGGAGCAUCACAGUCCAGGAGAAGUAGGAGCGAGGAGCCAGCGCUGGAAAGCAGGUACGUAAACCUCCCUUUACAGCCCCCCCCCCCCCCCCACACACACACAUUCUUGCACAACUUUCUCUCGUUUUUAUGAUCCACUCUUGAUUUUGGCUUCAAAAACUGCAUCAAAUAACCUGAAAGUGCGGAAGCACCCUUGUAAUGAAUCUAAAUGUCAGGAGAUUACUUUUCAGACAAAUCUUUACCUGAACAGCACCAUUGUGAGCCAAUGUAAUUGGACUUGGCAAUGAACAAUGGUUGGCACAUACACUCCAAAAUGUCAUCUUUCAUCUUUGCAAUAAUGGGUAUUUUUUCUGGGGGGUUUUCUGUAUUUUUUCUGAUAUCUCAGAUGUAGCUCUAUCUUGUUAACUGUAAGGAUAUGCACUCUUUGUACUACCUAUGAAAAACUGGAAAGGAAACUAAAUUUAGAUGGAUGAGUAUAGGAAUUGUGUGCCUCAUGUUUACUAUGCAAAGUCUAUUUUGUAACAGCUAUAAAUCCUAAUGUUCCUUUUGUUAAGUGUAAUUUUUAUAAUGCGAGCAAGUCUAGUAAAUAACAAUGUUAAACUAUAAA